AUGACCAACAUCCGAAAAACCCACCCACUAAUAAAAAUUGUAAACAACGCRUUCAUUGAUCUCCCAGCCCCAUCAAACAUUUCAUCAUGAUGAAACUUCGGCUCUCUGCUAGGAAUUUGCUUAAUCCUACAAAUUCUUACUGGUCUAUUCCUAGCAAUACAUUAUACAUCCGACACAAUAACAGCAUUUUCCUCUGUCACUCACAUCUGCCGAGACGUUAACUAUGGCUGAAUCAUUCGAUAYAUACAUGCCAAUGGRGCAUCCAUAUUCUUUAUCUGUCUAUUYAUACACGUGGGACGAGGACUAUACUACGGAUCAUAUACUUUCUUAGAAACAUGAAACAUUGGAGUAAUUCUCCUAUUCACAGUUAUAGCCACAGCAUUCGUAGGGUAUGUCCUACCAUGAGGACAGAUGUCAUUCUGAGGGGCAACAGUCAUUACAAAUCUCCUCUCAGCAAUCCCAUAUAUCGGCACAAAUCUAGUCGAAUGAAUCUGAGGAGGCUUUUCCGUAGACAAAGCAACCCUAACCCGAUUCUUCGCCUUCCACUUUAUCCUCCCAUUUAUCAUCGCAGCACUUGCUAUAGUCCAUYUACUCUUYCUCCACGAAACAGGAUCUAACAACCCAACAGGAAUYCCAUCAGACGCAGACAAAAUUCCAUUYCACCCCUACUACACCAUUAAAGAUAUCCUAGGAGUACUACUUCUAGUCCUCUUCCUAAURCUAUUAGUACUAUUCGCACCAGACCUACUCGGAGACCCAGACAAUUAUACCCCAGCAAAUCCACUCAAUACCCCUCCYCAUAUUAAACCUGAAUGAUAUUUCCUGUUUGCAUACGCAAUCUUACGAUCAAUUCCAAACAAACUAGGAGGAGUAUUAGCCCUAGUCUCAUCUAUCUUAAUCCUAAUUCUCAUACCCCUACUUCAUACAUCUAAACAACGCAGCAUAAUAUUCCGACCAUUCAGCCAAUGCCUAUUCUGAAUCCUAGUAGCAGACUUACUAACACUCACAUGAAUUGGAGGCCAACCAGUUGAACAUCCCUUUAUCACUAUUGGACAACUAGCGUCAAUCCUAUACUUUCUCAUUAUUCUAGUACUUAUGCCAGUUAUUAGCACAAUCGAAAACAAUCUCUUAAAAUGAAGA